AUGGAGGACCUACUCUUUGACUUCGACCAGGAUGGCACGGCAGACUAUGCAUUUUGGGGGCAGAUGGACCAGAACUUCCCGUUUCAGAGCCAACUGGACACCUUCCUGCUGGACUGCACAGCAGCCACCGGCCAGCUCUCACCCUGGUCCUCGUUCGGCUGUCAGUCCGUGUUCCCGGACGCACAGCUGACCUUCACCGAUCUCGACCUUCAGUCUCCAGGCCCUGCCGUCUGUCCUGGGGGAGAGAACUCCCCCACCGAAGAGUCUCUGGAUGUGACCAAGCUCAGCGCGCGGACGUUAGCGCCUCAUCAGCCAUACAAGGUGCAGCGGCAUGCCGCCAACAUCCGGGAGAGGAAGAGGAUGCUCAGCAUCAAUUCUGCCUUCGAGGAGCUUCGCUGCCACGUGCCGACGUUUCCCUACGAAAAGCGGCUGUCGAAGAUUGACACCCUGAGACUGGCCAUAGCUUACAUCGCCCUGCUGAGAGAGAUCCUGAUGUCCGGCUGCGACCCCAAAUCCUAUGUGGACGAGUGCAUGAAGAGCGGCUACAAGAAUCAAACCAACGCCAUCUGGAACACAAGCGACCUGACAGCCCGCCUCUCUUGGAUAAAGUGGGAUUAG